AUGAUCUCUAGGGCUUCGAGCGCUCGCAAGGCCGUUGCGGCCGUCUCCCGCUUGGCCACUCGCAAUGCCGUCCCGAUGAGGACCUUCAUGGCCCCGACUGUCUCGCGGAGAGCCGACUUCGUCCAGGAGCUCUACCUCAAGGAGCUCAAGGCAUACAAGCCGACGCCCAUCAAGGAGACCGACUCGGUCGGCCAGGUCGCCACCUUCAGCCUGCCCAAGUCACCCAAGUCCCCCGAAGAGGCCGACCUGGCGUCGAGCCUGAAGGAGUACGAGGACAUGGCGGUCGAGGUCGAGGGGCAGGAGGGCGCAGCAGCCAACCAGCCCGCCGCCGUGAUCGAGGACUGGCUCGUUGAGGAAGAGGAGGAGGAGGCCCACCACUAA